CGCAUCAUCAACGUGUGGCAAAUGUGAUUGGACUGACGACGACGAUGUUUAACAUCGCCAAGACUGCGUUUAGAAACAAAAACUCCUCUCUAUCUUCGCUCCUCUACUCUCCUCAGUUUCGCUCAGUCUCCAGGGAAAGUAAAUUAGUUAAGCCCGAGAGAAUGGUUGAGAAAGAAGACAAGAAAGUAACUCGUGUUCUGUUUUGCGGCCCUCACUUUCCUGAUUCUUACAAUUUCACUAGAGAUUACUUGCAACCUUACCCUUUUAUUCAGGCAGAUGUUGCCCAUCUCCGUGAUGUUCCUGAGGUUAUAAAGAACUAUCAUAUAUGUGUGACUAUGUUGAUGCAAAUGGAUUCGUAUGUUAUCUCUCGUGCCACCAACAUGAAGCUUCUUAUGCAGUUCGGUGUUGGUCUCGACGGUGUUGACAUUGAUGCUGCUACUAAACAUGGGAUCAAGGUCGCUAGAAUCCCCAGUGAGGGUAACGGAAACGCAGUCUCUUGUUCUGAAAUGGCUAUUUAUCUAAUGCUUGGCCUUCUUAAGAAACAGAACGAAAUGCAGGUGUCUGUACAAAGUAGACUACUUGGACAGCCAACUGGUGGAACUCUUCUCGGUAAAACUGUGUUUAUCUUGGGAUAUGGUAACAUUGGAAUAGAGCUAGCUAAACGGUUGAAGCCGUUUGGGUCGAGAGUCAUAGCUACAAAAAGAAGCUGGCCACUUUCCAGUAUGGAUUCAGAAUCCAAUCUAGUUGAUGAGAAAGGUAGCCAUGAUGACAUUUACACAUUCGCUAGCAAAGCAGAUAUAGUCGUUGUGUGCUUAAGGCUUAGCAAAGAAACGGCUGAAAUCGUGAACAAGAACUUCAUAUCUUCAAUGAAAAAGGGUGCUCUUCUUGUAAAUAUUGCUAGAGGCGGUCUGGUAAACUAUGAAUCAGCUUACCAGAGUCUGGAGUCCGGUCACCUGGGAGGCCUAGGGACUGACGUGGCGUGGUCUGAACCCUUUGAUCCAAACGAUCCGAUUUUGAAGUUUAAAAACGUUAUCAUGACCCCUCAUGUCGCUGGAGUUACAGAGUUUUCAUAUAGGUCCAUGGCCAAGGUUGUCGGAGAUGUAGCUCUACAGUUGCAUGGAGGACUUCCUCUCACCGGAAUCGAAAUUGUUAACUGAUGAGAUAGCUUGACAAAGAACCAUGUUUAGGUUACUUUGUAUUUAUUUAGCAUUGUCUCAUUCUAUUUUACUCUGAGUUUUGAAUACAAACAAGUUGUUGUGACUAGUCUAUUGACUCAAUAAACCUACACUGUAAUCUUUCCGGUUCUGUCUAGAGAGUUGCAGACGCAUGGAUCAGCGUCUUCAAGCUUUCUCACGACCUCUCUCAUGUUUGGUCUGAGACUAGGGAGCUUUGUAGUGCAGAGAAGACCCAUUUUCAGAACCUUAAUC